GCAGCAGCAGGGGCAAGGCUGGGCUGGGCCAGGCGCAAACACCGGCCCGCGAGGGGUCUGGGAGCCUGCAGCGAUGGCCCAGCGCUCAGGGGACCCUGUGAGCGGCUCUCUGGGCAGUCACCACCAGCGUGGCCUCAGCCCCUGCUGCCUCCCAGCUCCCUCGCCCCCGCUCCUACCUGACCCCAGGGGCUGUGGCUCCUGGCCCCGCUCCCCCAGCCGUGCGCGAGCUCCCACCCAGCCCCACUCACCUCCGCUCUCUCACCUCUUCCAGAUCAUGGCUUUGGCGUUUAUCUUCGCCUUGUUGGCGCAGAGAGUCCCAUGUGUUGGCGAUGAGUUGGAUGCAAUCACGCUCUUGCGCAUGCAGGAGCGUGAGGCGUACCUGACAGAGAAGAUGACCCAGCUGCUGCUGGAGAUAGAACAGAAGAACAUGGCGCAGAGCAGGAUGGGCCUGCAAGCCCUGCUCUUUGCUGCACUGCCAUACUGGAAGAUUUGCAGUGUUCUUUGUCUUUUCAUCCUUCUAUUUUGGUUCAUGUGGAAGAUCCAAAAAGAGUUCCGGGGGCCUGACGACAGCAGUGAUGAGGAGAGCUCCAGUAGUGAGGAGCAGGAGCAAGAGGAAGAGCAGCAGGAGCAGGUGCUGGUGCUGGACGAUACUCUUUUCCUUGCAGAUGUGCUCUGGCCAAUUGGAAACCAUAAGGACAGCUGUAAAGAGAUGCUCUCGCUGUUGGAACACCUCAUCAAUAUAUCUCAAACUAUCUUGUCAGAUACUUUCUUUCCAAUGCCAGAGUACCCCACUGGGGUGGGCAGCACCUACGAAGGCUGGUGUCCCCCUCGAGAUGAACCUGUCUUCUGCCUGCUUGUGCCCCUGACAGCUCCCCGCGGGCACGUUUUCCACUUGGAACUGGGCACUGCAGGGGAGCUGCCAGCGAGGAACUCCCGUGUCCGCGUAGUGUUGGAAUGCGUGUGCGGGAGGGAGCAGGAGAUGGGCAUGCUGUGCUUCCUCCACGCCUCCGAGGAUGAGCUGAGAAAUCAGCAACCCAGCCUCCUACACAGCCUCUGCACUGGCUCCUACCUGGAUGUGGAGAAGACUGCCUGCUGGUUCACGAUGCUGAUCAGAAACGCCUGGAAAUGCAUUCCUGCGGCAGCAACAUGCAGCAUGAAAGCGAUGCUGCCCAGGCGCUCCUGCAGGCUCCAUCUGACAGAUUACCUCAGAAGAACUUACAUUGUUGAGAUAGUGUUUGGCGUACAGCAAGACAAUACAGACAUCUUUCUGAGCAGCCAGGAGACAGAGGCUGCUAUUACCGCCAGCACGACCUGGCCACAGAGCUGUGCUAUGGCAGAGGUGAAGUUCUUCCAGCAUAUAGACGCCCAUUCCCAGGGGGAGAAUUUCUACCACAGAUAUUUGCAAGUCUAUGGCUACAUCCUGGUGGGCUACAACUUUUCCACCUAUGAACUGAAGACAGUGCUCAUGCACCUCCUGACUGCCAUCCCUUUGGAAAACUGGCAUGGGAGGUAUUUCUUUCAGCGAAUGGAUGACAUCAUGCGCUACCUGCGCUGCUGCCUGGAGGAGAAACGUCUCAACCACUUCCUCAUAGGAAAUGAGGAGGUGCCUGCGGAGAUUAUCUUGCCGCAGGAUUUCCAAGUGUCUGAACCGCUCAACCUGUUCCAGCACCUGGCGCAGGACCCGGACAAACACGAGCAGGCGCUGCAUGAGUUGGAAGACCUGGAAGAUCGGCUCGCAAGUCUGCUGAUCUAUGGGAAAUGAGAGACGUCCACUUGUCCCACAGCCGAGCACGCUGGACAUGGAGAAGACGCCGCUCAGCAGGCAGCGGGAAUUGCUCCUGAAUGUUUUCUCCACAGCAAAUCCACUCUGGGGCAGCCAGACCUCGUGUCGAUGAGGAAGGUGCUACGGACACCUGUAACAGAGACUCCUCGAACCGGCUGGGCAGAGAGCACCCGGCCUCUCCAAGAGCGUCCGUUUGCUCUGGGAGCAUUGUCCUCUACAAAAAUGGGCAAUGAACGGCUUGCUUGAAGAAACUGAUCUGAAGAAGUAGAGCACAAUGUAUUUUGUAGCUUGUCCUUAGAAAUAGCUGAUUUGAAAAUGCCAAAACACCAUAUAUUUCAGUAGUAUAGUUUAGAAAUAAAGCUGUUGAAUUCUGUGAUUAAUUCUCGCUUUUCAAACUGUAGUAGUUUUUAAAUGUUGCGAAUAGUGUGGGUAUAGUAUUAUAGACUAGAAAGCAUGCUGUAAGGCUAUUCUGUUUUGGUAAGAGACCUUCAGCAAAAGAAAAGAAGGCUUAUCAGACAUCAAAGAAGCCAGGGCCUCCACGCAAGGCCACAUUGUCUCACUCUGGGAUUAGCUUGGCAUGCAACAGGCAGGCAUCAAGAUACUCCCCUCUAUCCUCCUUUUCUUCUAACACCCCUGUAUGUAUCAUUAAAGGACAGGUUAACAUGCCAGUCCCCAGUACAUGUCAUUAAAAGACAGGUUGCCAAACUAAUCUCUAUCCGAGGACGAGCAGAUGUCCAGGAAUAAUGGCUGAGUGCUGAGCGAGCAAAUGUUACGAUUUUGGUACCGAUAAAUUACUUACAAUAGGCAUUCUCCUACUGAGCAUGCGUCAGUGAAGACGCAUUCAUCCAGGGGUCAAGCGAGGAAGAUCACUGGAUGAAGUAAAAGACUGUUGGUUGGACCGUCAUGAUGCUAAAAGGACGCUAGACGGUAGAAGAGACCACGGAACAGAAAGCUGGAGACCGCAUGAAUCACUACCUGAGAUAGGCGUGUGCAUGCUCAUUGUCUCACACGUCAUCGAUGAAGAUGGACUAACUGUGGAAAUAUAACGGACUCUUUACUCUCACGUAAUCUUUGAGGCACUAAUGGUGGAAAUAUCCCCAGUGCUUCCCGGCACCGUAAUAAACAUACCUGCUUUAGAACCUGACGUGGGUUAUAGAGUUUGAUUGCGCACAUCAAAACCCUCUGCCCGUAAGUCUUUGUCAAAGAAAGCAGGGAUAGGGUGCUGACUGCUCGGCUGCCACGGGAUUGGGCAGCGUGUCGCGGAAGAGGUGAUUCCCUGAUCUCCUCUCCCACCUCCUCCAGGACGCAACGGUGGCAGUCUUCCCCGCUCUGGCAGCUCUAGGCGUAGUCGAGACCCUGCAUAAUACGGGAGAAGCUUUGCAAGCUCUUCAGUAAUCAUCCAUCAAAUGAGCUGUACAUGUCUGAGAGCUACAGAAGCCCAGGCUUCCUUCUGCUUGCAGUCGGACUGCAGAACGCAGCCAUUUCUUCCAUGACGCGCAAACUGACCGGAGUCCCCCUCGCCUUCUCCUGCAGCUUGGCAAAAUCCUGUUAGAAUUGAGGUCAGAUGCUCUCCACGCAUCUUCCGCAGCAGUGUUUUGCCACCUUAUCCUCACCGUUAUUUGUCUCUUCCUUUUCUGACGUAGUGAAUAGUUUUUAUCUCAACCCACGAGUUGAAAUUUUUUGGUUUUGAUUCUCCCCCCAUCCCAUGCGAGGGAGGGAGGGAGAGAACGGCCGUGUGGUGCUGGGCUGCCUGCCGGGUCCGAGAACAACAGUUCUUUUGGCAUCCAACGGGGGGCCUGAGGGGCUUAGGCAAGGGCAGAUCUGAGCAGAACACGCUUAAACAACACCGUUGAAAGCCGUGUGGUGGCUUGCUAGCUGCGGCACGAUCUUUUCAUGCACAGUGGGGGUUUAUCGGCUUUCAAGGCUGUUUUUCUUAACUCCUUCCGUGUCUCUGGGGGCUGGCCUAGGCUUAUGUAUGGUUUUGCCUCUUUCUGUGGAGCAUGAACUCAUGUUUCGCCCACAGUGGAGUUCCCUGGGUGUUGGUACUCGGUAUGGCCAUCGUUUUUGCACUUCAGGAACCGUUCCAUUGAAACUAUCAACAAGUCCGCUCUUUACUCCAGGCAAGGUGCAACAGUUUUUCUAAAUGUGGAAUAUUCCUGGGAUGUUCACACUAGCCCAGUCCGAUGGCUCUGCCUUCGGCAUGUGUUUCCGGUUUUAAUUCUGGUUAAGAAACCAUUUAAAAAUAGCACCCACAGAUCUCCAGUGGGGCAGGAUGGCUGUGGGAGGCAAGGUGUGUGGGAGGCUCUAGGCAGCUAUCAGUCACGAUUCUCACCUCCAGUGGGUCUGGAACUCACUCGUGAACAAGUGCGGAAUCCUUAAAGGCAGACAGAAAGCUUUAAAAAAGUGUGCCCCGACCCUGGCAGCGCCACGGAGUUACAGGUCGCUGCGGUGUGCCUGCACCAAACCAACACUAGUCAACAAGAUCCAGAAUCUUCAAAGGAAGAAAAUGCC